UUUUUUUUUGUAUUAUACUGUAUACCAUGUCGUGUUCCGUUUUAACUGAACUUCCUACUGAUAUUCUUUUGAACAAUAUAUUAAGGAAUUUGGAUGCACCUUCUUUAACACAACUAUCAUUAACUUCACGCUUAUUCAGUCAACUCUGCCAGGAUGAACUUUUAUGGAAACACCUUGUCCUUGAAGACUUUCAUAUUCCUUUGGAUGCCAGUUUUCGUCAAAUGGGUUGGAAGAAUCUUUAUAUGCGACUGAAUGACUCUCGUGUUUAUACUUGGGGUGAAAAUGCUGAUAGUCGUUUAGGACAUACUGAUCGAGACCUUGGUACUCGUCUUUUUUUUAAUUCGCGAGCUGUUUCAACACCUCAUGAACUAACAAGUCUUCGUGGGAAAAACAUUGUGGAUAUAGUUGCAGGUGGAUGGUCAUUUCAUGCAUUAGAUAAACAUGGACGUGUUUGGAUGUGGGGAACGUUACAAAAAGAAGCCAAUCGAAGUCGAUCCAUGGGAAGUCGACUUGUACGUGAACCUAGUUUGGUGGCAUUUCCUGAAAAUACACACAUUGUUUCCAUCUCAGCAGGACGAUCUCAUGCAAUAGCUUUGGCGCAAGAUGGAACUGUAUGGCAUUGGAGUAACAUUUGGACACCACAACGUGUACAUCUACCUUCUUCUCUUCAAAACAAAGUAGUGGUACAAGUAUCUGCUAAUUGGGGUCGAUCAUCAAUCUUGACAGAAAAUGGUGAACUAGUAGUGAUCCCAUUACCGGCCAUGGUAUCUCCAGCUGAACCAUCAGCAUCUACUGACCUUAUAUUGGAUGACAAUGUACCUGUGAUUACUUUGAAUAGUCUUCGACAAGAUGACGAAUUACACCGCUCAUAUCAACAAUCAUCUACUAAUCUUCUUGCUCGACCAGUGUUGAAGGAUGAUUUUAUUGUACAAAUAGCUGGCAUGGAACAUGAUACCUUGGCUCUCUCACGGUUUGGACGUGUUUAUAAAGUGGAUUGUUCGUCGGCCGAUAUGUCUCGGGCCCCUACGUCGUAUGUUUUGGAAUAUAUUCAUUUUGGUGCUGCACAACAGGAAGACAAUCAACGCAAUCAUCUUCAUCGAUUUAUCUCUGCCUCCUUUCAUUCCUUUGCCGUAUAUACUUUAGAUGGUCAAGUAUUACUAGGCAAACAUGAUGAUCCCUUUGAUCAACAUCCUCAAAUCCUCAAUCAUCAAGGUAUUUGCAAAGUAUCCUUUGGAGAUUAUCACUGUGGUGCUUUGACCAAUCAAGGAGAUUUAUUGACUUGGGGUGCAUUUAGUGCUGGUGCUUUAGGACAUGGUGAAACAGAAGAUAUGGAAGAACAUCAUCUGGAGUCUCCAACAAAAGUACAAGCUUUCCAAGAUAUGUAUGUAUUUGCCAUUGGUUUUGGUGGAUGGCAUUCUGGUGUUUUAGCUAUUCCAAAAAACUAGUAAUUAGUUAGUUUGUUAUAUAUAUAUAUAUAUAUAUUUAUAGAUACUACUUUUGGUUCAAUAAAGAUUGUUUUAUAUUGCCUUCAUUUUCA